UGACCUGGGUUCCAGUCCCCGAGCCCGUGCAGCCUGUAUGAAUUGCCGAAAUUAGCCGAGAGCCCAAAUCUGUCACUUCUGUGCUAUCUUUACUCACCGACUUUCACAACGCAUCGAGGACCUCAACGGUCGUCUAAUGGCCUUAAAAAUGUCUGCAUGCUCUCACACUGGAGGAUCCAAACACCAUGUCCGCCCCAAACUUUGGCCUCGCUGACCCUACCCAUGUGGAUCUCACCACCGCCAGUCAGCACGACGUUUUGUGCUACUUGUUCUACACGCCAAACGACUACAAGGGAUACCUCGGCGCGCGAGUCUCGUCCAUCUUUGUCAUCCUCGUCGUCUCAUCCUUCGUCACCUUCUUCCCCGUCGCUGCGGCCCGUGUGCCAAAAUUGAAGAUCCCCAUCUACGUCUAUCUGUUCGCGCGAUACUUUGGAUCUGGUGUCAUCGUCGCGACAGGAUUUGUCCACCUACUCGAUCCCGCUUACUAUGAGAUCGGAACGUUCACCUGUGUCGGAUCCGCCCCAGGAUGGAUCCAAUACUCUUGGCCUCCAGCGUUCGCCAUGUUCGCCGGUGUCGUGACUUUUUUGCUCGACUUUGCUGCGGACCGCUAUGUCGAGAAAAAGUAUGGCAUCACCUUCAUGGGAUCUCACAGUGUGACCACACAGGCGAACUGCGAUGCUGGGGGAGUCGAUCUCCACACCAUAUCUCGUCGUCCGUCUAUGGAGGAGAAGCAGGUGGCCCCGCGGGAGGAGCCUGAUCUGGAGGCCGUGGACCGCCUCGGAAAGGACCGCCUCGACGACCUCGGUUUCAAACAGCAAAUCACCGCCUUUCUCGUGCUCGAAUUCGGUGUCAUCUUCCACAGCGUCAUCAUUGGCCUGACACUCGGUUCGGCUGGCAACGAGUUUGUCAUUCUCUACGUGGUCAUCAUCUUCCACCAGUCGUUUGAGGGGAUGGGCAUCGGAGCCAGACUCUCUGGGAUCCCGUUUCCUCGGAAAUAUCACUGGAUGCCCUGGGCCUUGUGCGCGGCUUAUGGCCUCACGACACCCAUCUCUAUCGCCAUCGGCUUGGCCGUUAGAACGACGUUCAAUCCGAAUGGAUACACCGCCAAUAUCGUCCAGGGUGUCUUGGACGCACUCUCCGGAGGGAUCCUCAUUUACACAGGUUUCGUCGAGCUCCUUGCGCGUGACUUUUUGUUCAACCCAGAUCGAGUCAAGGAUGAUAGAAAGCUGGCAUUCAUGGUCGUCUGUGUGUGUGCCGGAGCAGGCCUCAUGGCGUUCCUGGGGAAGUGGAUCUGAGCAUAGGGCGAGGAGACAUAUAUACAUUAGAUGUGGACACAGGUAUCUUGCGUCAGGAACAAUCGGCAACCUCCGCUAAGCUGUGAUGAAUGAGUGGUGAAUUCAUAGAAACG